AUGAAGCAAGCACCAAGUGAAGUAUCGCCAGAGAUUGCCACUAACCCGUUAUACUAUCAUUAUUUCAAGGAUUGCAUUGGCAUGAUAGAUGGAACCUAUAUCGACGCUAUGCUUCCCACUAGCCUUGUUGCACGUUUUAGAGGUCGUAAAGAAGACCCGGGCGAUGAGUUGUUGCAUGAGGACAACCAUAUUGAAGAGGAUGGAGAUGAAAUAGCAAAUGAAGGUGAAGAGGGUAUUGCUGACUUUACUCAAACUAUGACACAAAGAGAGGAAAGAGAUUCAAGAAAUGAAUGGAGAGCAAAGAGGGAUCAAAUUGCAAUUGAAAUGUGGGAAGAUUAUUAUGAUAAAUAUCACGGUGGAGACACAACCGAGAUUGAGAUAUUCAGUUUGUUUCAGAUUCAAGUCACAACUUCAGAUUCAGUUUGUUUUCUAAUGGUUACUUAUUGGUUGUUGCUUGUCGUUGCUUGCUUGCAGUCUUGGCCAAAACAUGUCGUUUGUGAAGAUUAUAUGAGCUUGUUUGUAGACUGGUUACUUGCUGGGAAUCAAACAGAAGUAAACGACGAAAACAAUCCUGAACUAUCGGUGACCCUUGCAAACAUAAGAAGGUCUAUAAGGGAGCAAAGGAACACAGAACAAGCUACGAUGGGAGAUCAAAAUCAGCUUCUUAAGGAUUUCGCAGCCCCAAAUGCUCAAGGCACACAGUCAAGCAUUACAAGGCCCAAUGUUGAAGCUAAUAACUUUGAGCUGAAACCAUCACUGCUCUCAAUGGUUCAGCAAAAUCAGUUUGGAGGAGGUGCUACUGAAGACCCGAACCUCCACCUAUCGAUUUUCUUGGAGUAUUGCGACACUUUGAAACUUAAUGGAGUGACCAAUGAUGCUAUUCGACUCAGAUUAUUUCCGUUCUCUCUAAGGGACAAGGCUAGGGCUUGGUUGCACUCAUUGCCAGCUGGGUCCAUCACCACUUGGGAUCAAUUGUCCAGAGCGUUUCUUGCAAAGUAUUUUCCUCCAAGUAAAACAGCACAGAUGAGGAACCAGAUCACAAGCUUUGUACAGAAGGAAGGAGAGUCACUUUAUGAAGCUUGGGAACGCUACAAGGAAUUAUUGAGGAUGUGCCCUCACCAUGGACUGGAAAAGUGGUUAAUUGUUCACACCUUCUACAACGGGCUCACUUACAACACACGGAUGACUGUUGAUGCUGCUGCAGGAGGAGCUUUGAUGAACAAAACAAUAGACGAGGCAUACACUCUCAUUGAAGACAUGGCUCAGAAUCACUAUCAAUGGGCGAACGAGCGUGCUCCUCAGACAUCAAAAGGAGGCAAGUAUGAAAUAGAUGCUUUAGACCAUAUAUCCUCUAAAGUUGAUGCUUUAUUUAAGAAAGUUGAAGGUUUGAGUAUUAAUUCUGUGGCGUCUACUUCAAUUUCAUGUGAGAUAUGUGGCUAUGUGGGUCAUUCUGCACUUCAAUGUCAAUUAGGAAACCCCCCAUCCAUUGAUACUUCUGGUAAUGAGCAAGUUAACUAUGUUAAUAACUUUAAUCAGAAGGGAGACCCAUUCUCCAAUACUUAUAAUCCGGGGUGGAGGAAUCAUCCUAAUUUUUCUUAUAGAAACCCACCUGGAAAUCCCAUGCCUGCAUCUAAUUUUGGUCCACCUGGUUUUCGUGCUCCUCAAUCCAAUUUCCCUUCUCAAAAGUCAAAUUUGAAAAAUAUGAUGGAGAAGUUUGUGACGACUCAAUCAAAAUUGAAUGAAGAGUUUAAGCAGCAACAACAAACCACGAAUGAGGUGGUGAAACAAUUGGCCUCUAAGAUGGAUUCCCUAGCUACGCAUAACAAGAUGUUAGAGACACAAAUCACCCAAUUGGCACAAAAUGUUAGCUCUUCCUCUAGGCCUUCAGGCAUGCUACCUGGACAACCCGAGACAAAUCCCAGGAGUCAUGUGAAUGCUAUAACUCUUAGAAGUGGAAAACAAUAUGAGGGACCCAAGAUGAAGGAAAAUGAUGGGGUGGAUGGUCAUCAUGAAGAAAAAAAUGAAAAUGUGAUAGAUGUGGAUAAUGAGACCCAAACGCAAGAAGAAGAAAAAGUUGAAAAAUAUGUGGCCCCCGCUCCUUACAAGCCUCCUCUACCAUUUCCCCAAAGGUUAGCUAAGGCUAAGUUAGAAAAGCAGUUCGGAAAAUUUUUGGAGAUUUUGAAAAAGUUGCACAUCAAUAUCCCGUUCACUGAAGCUAUUUCUCAAAUGCCUUCUUAUGCUAAGUUCUUGAAAGAGAUCCUAUCUAACAAAAGGAAGUUGGAAGAAUACGAGACUGUGGCCCUUACUGAGGAGUAUGAUCAUAAACCCUCUAUAGAACACCAACGUAGAUUAAAUCCUAACAUGAAAGAAGUGGUUAAAAAGGAAGUGCUUAAGCUACUAGAUUCUGGGGUAAUCUAUCCUAUUUCUGAUAGUGAAUGGGUUAGCCCGGUUCAUGUGGUUCCUAAAAAGGGAGGUGUGACCGUAGUUAAGAAUGCAAAUAACGAACUUAUCCCUACUAGGACGGUUACGGGUUGGAGGAUGUGUAUUGAUUAUAGGAAAUUGAACAAGGCAACCCGAAAAGAUCAUUUUCCACUUCCCUUUAUAGACCAGAUGUUGGAAAGGUUGGCUAGGCAUUCAUAUUUUUGUUAUUUAGAUGGCUAUUCGGGAUUUUUCCAAAUUCCUAUCCAUCCUAGUGACCAGGAAAAGACCACUUUUACCUGUCCCUAUGGGACCUUUGCUUAUAGGCGCAUGCCUUUUGGUCUUUGCAAUGCCCCCGCCACUUUUCAACGAUGUAUGAUGGCCAUUUUCUCUGAUUUUAUAGAGGAUAUUAUGGACGUGUUUAUGGAUGACUUCUCCGUGUAUGGAACUACUUUUGAUGGUUGUUUAUCUAACUUGUCUCGAGUUUUGCAGCGUUGCGAAGAAGUUAAUUUAGUCCUAAACUGGGAGAAAUGCCACUUUAUGGUAAGGGAUGGAAUAGUUUUAGGGCACAAGGUGUCUGAGCGUGGAAUUGAGGUUGAUCGAUCAAAAGUGGAAGUCAUUGAAAAAUUGCCUCCACCAACGUCGGUUAGGGGAGUAAGAAGUUUCUUGGGACAUGCCGGUUUCUAUCGGCGUUUCAUCAAAGAUUUCUCAAAAAUUUCAAAACCCUUAACUAACCUUCUUCUUAAAGAUGCUACCUUUGAUUUCACUGAUGAAUGUCUUGAUGCUUUUUGCAGGUUGAAAGAAGCAUUGAUAACAGCUCCUAUUAUGCAACCGCCGGACUGGAAUCUCCCAUUUGAAGUCAUGACUGAUGCAAGUGAUUAUGCGGUCGGUGCUGUGUUGGGACAAAGGAAGAACAAGAUAGUUCAUGCAAUUUAUUAUGCUAGUCGCACUCUUGAUGAAGCCCAAGUUAACUAUGCUACAACUGAAAAGGAGCUAUUAGCAGUUGUAUUCGCCUUUGACAAGUUCAGGUCUUACUUAGUGGGGUCCAAAGUCAUCGUUUAUACCGACCACUCCGCCAUCAAAUAUCUUUUGAGCAAGCAAGAUGCCAAGCCUAGGUUGAUCCGAUGGAUACUACUUUUGCAAGAAUUUGACCUAGAGAUCAAGGACAAGAAAGGGACGGAAAAUUUGGUGGCAGACCAUUUGUCGAGGAUGAAACCAGAAUCACAUGAUAGGGAGGAGGAUGAACUACCGAUCGACGAAUCUUUCCCAGAUGAUCAAUUGUUAGCCAUAGAAAGAUUGGAUGCACCAUGGUAUGCAGACUUCGUCAACUACAUAGUGUGUGGAGUCUUACCUCCGGAUCUGAGCUAUCAACAGAAGAAGAAGUUCUUUGCUGACUUGAAGUAUUAUUUUUGGGAUGAACCGUUUCUAUACAAACGGUGUGUUGAUGGGAUGUUCAGAAGGUGUAUUCCUGAAGAUGAGGUUGUCACGCCAUACCAUCCUCAAACUAGCGGUCAAGUGGAGGUUUCGAAUCGAGAAAUUAAGAGUAUUUUGGAGAAAACAGUUAAUCGUUCAAGAAAGGAUUGGUCUAUGAAACUCACAGAUGCCUUAUGGGCCUAUCGAACUGCAUACAAAACGCCCAUAGGUAUGACACCAUUCAAAUUGGUAUAUGGCAAAUCGUGUCAUCUCCCAGUUGAGUUAGAGCAUAAGGCGUAUUGGGCUAUCAAACUGCUCAAUUUCGAUAUGAAGACCGCAGGUGAGAAAAGAAAGCUUCAACUUCAUGAGCUAGAUGAGCUACGAUUAGAUUCCUAUGAGAAUGGUCGCAUUUAUAAAGAAAAGAGUAAACGAUGGCACGACAAGAAUAUUCUUCGAAGAGAGUUUAAUCAAGGAGAUAUGGUGCUACUUUUCAACUCUCGUUUGAAGCUUUUUCCGGGCAAACUCAAAUCUCGGUGGUCCGUACCUUUUCAAGUCCGUGAGGUUUUUCCUAGUGGAGUUGUUGAAGUUUGGAGUGAAACAACGAGAUCUUUCAAGGUGAAUGGGCAACGAUUGAAGCACUACAUUGUAGGGGAACAACACGAGAAAGGGGUCACUUAUACCCUUUCCGAUCCCCCUUCGUCGGAUAAUUAA